CACUCUGACAGGAAGUUACUGUUAGCAUUAGUUCGUUUGCUACUGGCUGGCUAACUUGCUACGGAAAGUAAACAAGUGUGCGUGAUGAGAUCCGCAGCAUUUCAACUAUGAAGGAAGACAAGGAAAACACUCGACCGAAAGAGAAAAGGGUGGAAAUAAGGAGCGAAGAUGCAGAACAGAUGGAGAAGCCAAAGGAAAAGAAAGAGGCCAUGACAAAGAUUGUGAUCAGACGACUUCCACCAAGUCUGACCAAAGAGGAGCUGCAGGAGCAACUACAGCCUCUCCCAGAUGUUGAUUACCUGGAGUUUUUCUCCAACGACACCAGCCUUUACCCACACCUCUUCGCAAGGGCUUACAUCAAUUUCAAAUAUCAAGAGGAUAUAGUUCUCUUCAGAGACCGAUUUGAUGGAUAUGUGUUCAUUGACAACAGAGGACAGGAGUAUCCUGCCAUUGUAGAGUUUGCACCUUUUCAAAAGACUGCCAAGAAAAGGAGUAAGAAGAAGGAUGCUAAAUGUGGAACAAUUGCUGAAGAUCCUGAUUACAGGAAGUUUCUUGAAUAUUACAAUGGAGAUGACAAGGAGGUAGCAUCAACACCUGAGACCUUGUUGGAAGAGCUUGAGGCAAAAUCUAAGGAGCUUGUUGCCAAGAAAACAACCCCUCUGCUGGACUUCCUGAAGAACAAACAGAGAAUCAGGGAGGAAAAGAAAGAAGAGAGGAGAAGGAGGGAGCUUGAACGCAAGCGUCUGCGUGACGAGGAGCGUCGUAAGUGGAGGGACGAGGAGAAAAGAAAACGCAAAGAGGCAGAGAAGAUGAAGAGACUUGAGAAACCAUCAGAUAAAGACAAGGACCAAGUUAAAGAAGAACCAAAAAUAAAGCUCCUGAAGAAGCCGGACAGAGGUGAUGAUGCUGAUUCUGAGAAGCCCAAGGAAAAGGCCAAGAAACCAGAGAAGCCAAAUAAAGAGGACAAAUUCACAGGGAGUGCUGAUCACAAGAGGCGUCAGCACAUGGAAAAUAAGGAGGAUCGAGGAAGGAAAGCUGAUGAAGAUGGGCGGAAGGAAUAUAGGGAACGGGGGGCAGACCGCGACAGAGAGCGCGAACGAGACCGAGAGAAGGAGCGGCGGCAGAAAGAGAAGGAGCGUCUCAGGCGUCAGGAUGAAGACCGUCGUAGAAGGAGAGAGCGGCAGGACGGUGAGAACUCGUGCAGGAAGAGGGAUGAAGAGGUCAGGAAAGACAAAGAGCGAGUGUUGGAGAAGAAGAAGGGUGAAAACGCUGUGGACCACGAGAGGCCAGAGAGGCCUGCCAAAGACAACAAGAGGGAGGAAAGCAGUAAACGAGAGAGGCUACGAAACAAGGACCGGCCUGCUAUUCAACUGUACCAGCCAGGGGCCAGAAGCCGCAAUCGAACCACAGGAGGAGGAGAAUCCAACUCUGCCGACAGGAAGCCAGACGCUGAGACAGAGAAAGUGGCUGACCAAGUCGAGGACUGAGCAGAUUUCCAACCAUAGCAUUAAAGUGUUGUGAGGUGAGAGGAGACAGGCAGGCCUGUCAGGCUGAGAGCAGUGAUGUGGCUCCUCAGGGUGGCGUGCACUGCAGGUCCAACAGGGCUGCAUCUGGCUCUCCCAGUCUUAGAGGCACAGAUGUGAUUGUGAAGCCUCUUAGUGCCUAAAACACGAGCCUCUGUAGCUUUAUUUUUUGGAAAAAGGAACAGGAAGCAUUGGAAAGAGUUUGGCUGUAGGAUACGUUAGGUGAAGCAGAGGCUUUCUUGGACCAUGUGAACUCAAAGUGACCUUAUUUCAGUAUUGUUUCUCUGAAGUUCAGGUUGUAACACUGCAAACAUGGCUUCCUAUGUGUUCAUAUAAAACAUCACAUUCUGGAUAUUUACAAAAACUCCACAGGUGUUUCACUUUCCAGUUAUUAUAUAUGUUAACAUUGCCAGGCUCAUUGAUAUUGUUUGUACACUGUGUUGAAUGGGACAUUUGUUGCAGCAUUGACAUAUUAAGAAGGAAGUGUACACUUUUACAUUACUUACGAGUUUACAAUGGAGAACGAGACAACCCAAAAGAAUGUGCAGAACUUUUAUCAUGGUCUGUAACUCAAAAAUAGUUUUUGUCUCAAACGAGACAGUCUGAAUUUACCUGGUUUCAAGAUCAUGUGUUUUUGUUCUUAACUUCAUGAAGUGACUGAGGAGAAAUAGCCAUUUUCUGACCAGACUGCCAUGUUAAAGCCAUGCCUGCAUGCAGACGGAGGGAUAAAUCUGUGGCCUUUUCCUCUUUUCUAACCUGAAAUCUCCUGAGACAUGAAUGUGUGACGCAGUAACCUGAGAACAGCAUGAGAACAUGUCACUGCUGGUGAUGCUAAUGUACAGUUUUGACUGGAAAUAAAAGAAGUCUUUACUGAA